AUGGUCAUCUUGACUGCGGCUGCAUUCAGCCAGUUCCGCACCGCCCUGCCCUGCAAGGUCGUCACCCCAGAGGCUGCUUCCGACUAUGAAGCCUGCAAGAUUGCGGCAUGGUCUCAAACCUGCUGGACUCCGGCUGCCGGUUAUAUCCAGGUGAAGAGUACCCAGGAGCUUGCUGAAGCACUUGGUGCCAUCAAGAAGACGGGAAUCAAGUUUGCCGUCCGAACCACGGGUCACAACCCAAACCCUGGCUUCAGCAGCGUCGACGAGACGGCGGUUGUCGUCGACAUUCGCCAGCUCCAAUCUAGGGACUUGACCUCCGAUGGAAUCGCUCAAGUUGGGCCCGGAAACACCUGGGGCGAAGUCUACGCCUGGCUCGAGGAGCAGAAGCUGUCAGCCAUUGGCGGUCGAGACCAGCAGGUAGGACUGGGAGGUUUCCUCCUCGGAGGCGGCAUGGGAGCGCUGCCGAACCUCUACGGACUCGGGGCCGAUGGCAUCAAGAACUUUGAGGCACGCGUCCAGGUCAUGUUGGCCGAUGGCAAGCUUGUCAACGCGAAUGCCAAAGAGAACACCGAUCUCUGGCGUGCUUUGAAGGGCGGCGGCUCCAAUUUCGGCAUCGUUACGAGGUUCGACCUUGAGACCCACCCUCUGAUCAAGGUUCAAUAUACAAUCAAUUUGUACAACCCCGACGACUAUGUCGAAAUAAUCAAGGCUACCAUAAAGGUCCAGGACGAGAUGGAGAAGGACCCCAAAAUCGGUCUCUUCACCAACUUCAACCAAGGCUAUGUUGCUGUGGGAAUGCUCUACGGAGAUACUCCUGCAGAGGGGCCUCAGGCCUUUGAGCCAUUUCACAAUCUCACGAGCCUGCUGAACAUAGCGUGCCCCAGCAAGAACGGAACUCUUCUAUCCCUCGCCAAGACUAUGGGCCAUGCGCAGGAGCCCAAGAAGCGUGCUAUCCGCACGGCUACUACCAAGGUUUCGCAGGACCUGUACGAGGACGUGUAUAUGACCUGGAAAGACGCCGCCAAGAACCUCCCAGCCGACUGCGUGCUGCAUUACACUAUUCAGCCGUUGGGCACGGCCGGUGUCCAGGCUGGCAAGGAUCGUGGAGAAAGCAUCAUGGGACUGGAGAGUGUACCGCAGUGCUGGUGGGUUUUCACUUGUGAGUGGCCAAACGAUGGCUGUGACGAUGAAGCAGCCCAGCAAGCCUUAGAUACCAUGGCAGAGGGCGUGCAUGCGGCAGCUAAGAAAAGGGGCCUUCUGCUUGACUUCUUGUGCAUGAGCUUUGCUACGGCAUCUCAGAAGGUGCUGGGAAGCUACGGGCCCGACAAUGUCAAGAGAAUGGAAGCCGUGGCGGCAAAGUAUGACCCGGAGGGCGUAUUCCAGAAGCUGCAGAACAGCGGCUUCCUGCUGCGCAACAGCAUCUGA